AUGUCCUUGAACGAUCACAUAUCUUUAAUUGAUUUAUCACAACAAUUUCGUUUUGAAAUAGAUGACCAGAUAAAGAAAGAAUUAUGCUUUGGGGAAACUCUUGUAAUAAGUUGCGGCCAUUACGAAGGAGAUAUAGAGGUGGAAGAGUCAUCUGACUCGGAAUGGUCAUGUCAUGAUACAACAGAAACUGAAAUAUCUGAAGAGGUAAAGCAGGACACUGCUAUUGAAAUCAAAGAUAAAAUUGAUGAUGAAGCAGUUGAGGAUGAAACUGGUGAAGAAGAAGGCGAUUUCCACUUUUUCUUUUUUUCAGACUGUAAUAAAGUGUUACCACAAGAUAGCAAAACAAGUGUUAUUUUAGUUGAUGGUGUACCUAAAUUUAAUCCAAGUGCAAAACCACCAGUUGCCUGCACUUGUGAUAAAAACAAAAAGGGUGUAUGUGAUUGUAGUGUUAAAUUACCAUGUAAAUGUGGCGCCAAAACAACAGCUGAAUGUCUCUGUUCCAAACUAAACACUAUUUGUAUCUGUGAUGAAUCUAAUCCUCAAACUGUAUGUACUUGCAAGGGUAGCCAAAUUUGUGUUUGUAAUCCAGACGGUAAAAUUAGGCCUAAAUGUACUUGUGAUAAGGUAGACAAACCUUGUGUAUGUUAUCCGGAUAAAUUUCCAUCUCCUGUGUGUACAUGUAAAUAUAAACCUAAAUUUGGCUAUGAAAAUAUGAAAGUUAUAACAGAGAUGGCACAAGAAGAACAUAUAGAAUGUACUGAGUUAGAAGAGCAUGAAGAAACCACAACAACUGACGCGGAAGAAGGACAGGAGCCAUGUGAAUGUCAAAAAGAGAGAAAGCCAUUUUGUACUUGUCUUAAGGGACAAGAAUGCAUUUGCAAUACUAAUACUUGUAUUUGUGGAGUACAGAAGACUUGUGUCUGUGAACCAGUAGGAGCUUUGGAUCCUAUCUGUAAAAGCGAAGACUCUAAAUCCAUAUGCAGUUGUGAUGUUCUUCGGGAAUGUACAUGCAAUGCUGAAAGUGCUACUGAUUGCAAAUGUUUUCCAGAAAAAGUUUGCAACUGUGGCGAUCCAGAAAAUUGUAAAUGUUUUACGAUUUGUGAGUGUACCGAACCAUGUAUCUGCGAUACAAAUUUAAAAGAUGCUGAGUGCAUAUGUUUAGAUAAAGCGAAACAACUAGCAAAAGGUUUAGUAUGUACGUGUCCUGUCCACGGGCAAGAGAAAGAUCCCAUGAAAUUAACAAAAGUAAGAGCUGGAAAACACGAUUACAGGUGGUGUCACCAAGUUGACCCCCGUCAUACUUACUUUGAUUAUGGUUAUGAUAGACAUGAUAAAAUAUCAUAUAAAAUACAAGAGCGUGAAAAAUUAAAAAUUUUGGGUCUUGCUGAUAAAGAAGAAUUAGAGUCAUGUCCAGUCCAUGGCAUAGAAGCUCCCCUGUACAAGAAGAAAGUUCGGAAACCUUCUAUUGACUGUUGUAGCUCAGUUGGAGGCAUUAGUAUCAGUGUUGAGACUUUGGGUGAGGAUAAGGACAAGUUUCUCGUGCAGGUGGUAUCUCAUGCGUCAAAAGAAGGUGCAAAAACAGGGUCAAAACUUGUGAGCAUUUUGGAUUGCCAUUUACAUACUAUGGAGGAAAACAGAACAGAGUACAUUACUAAGAAAGAGAUUAUGAAAGAAAGGCGAAGCUAUAUGACUAUCUGUGAAAAUGGCUAUUAUAAUAAAGUUACGCGUGUCUGCGGCGGGCGAGAUACUAUAAAACGAUUUUACCACUCUUUUGAAGAUUCUCACAAUUUUCUUCUUGAAGGUGCUAAUAUUGUGCUCCUAAGAUAUUUCGGCCUCAGUCGCUAUAGGGGUACGGUUAAGACGGACUGUGUUUUAAUGGAUGGUACUAUUUGCGAAAGCAUUUAUGUAUGCCUCGGAGUAAGUCAAGCAAUCGUUAAUGGGAAACCACUCUUUGUGGUGAAAGUGGAGCGACAUAUCAUAGAGCCUUCUGGUCUUAUUCAUCAGACUUUAACAGUUUUAAGUCUACGAGUAAGUCAUGAAUGGGCUGACAACGCGUACAUGUUGCAUAUAAAUCCACUUCUACGUGUGGUUCCUGAGAAAGACGAGAUAGAACCACACGCUCCACUUAGAGAAAAUUGGCGCGAAGACCUCCAACUACUCUCAGAUUAUCUGGACUUCAAGAGUACAAGAACAUCAGAAGGGGCACGAUACAUGGAGGAGAGUGGUAUUCUGACGGGUACUAUUCGUGAUUAUCUCCAAGCUUUGCUUCUGCUUAGACCAGUUGACGCUUUGCAUUUCACCAGGCACUACUUCGGAUCGGUGCUAUCUUCUUUAGAAUUACCACACGAUGAGUAUUUCGAUCCAACCAGUAAACACGUGAGAUAUUAUUUUUUCGAACAAUAA